UCUGCGUGUCGUGCUCGGCGUCUCUGAUUGGCUACGGGCGUUGGCGCGCGCACGCCUCGAGGCGAGGCCAGGGUUCGUAUAUCGUCGCCGGCGUCGUGGGCACGCUCCUCCUCGUCUGGCCAUUGUACCACCACAUCCGCGUCCUCCUCGUCAAGUCACGCUCAGUUACGCCCGUUACCGUCUACGUUACGCCGUGAAACAUCUGAGACCAAGAAGCGCGGUCGCACGCCCGUCGGCCAGCCGGUGAUCUCCCUCGCGAUCACGCCCCCACCGAACGACCAGAAAAGCCCCGGGCCUCGUCCGCCACGACGGAUCUGAACCCGGUGACAGCCCUUGCUUGUUCCGUCGCCUGUCGCCCACUUCCCUCGCGAGGCUGUUUGUCGCCAUGACCCGCUUUGGCGACUUUGCCCCGCUGUGCCACCAGCUACCGUCUUAUCCGUGGUGUAAUCUGUUCUAUCGACAGUUGGAACACAAGAACUCUACUGCACUCGUUGGCGACUCCACCUUGUCCAACCGCCCCGCCGCACCCGUCGGCAUCAACCCCGAAUGUGGCAUACCCCGCCUCGGACAUGACAGCAGCAUAGGCAACGUGGCGAAUAUAGUCGCGUGCGCCGUGAGCAUCGUCUUCGUGCUCGCGCUGAUAUUGGGCGCGCAUAGGCGAAGAGCCGCCGUCGGCCGCGUCGAGAUCCGAUAUUUCUUCGUGCUCUACCUCCUCACCCUCCCCUUCCAGCUCAUCAGCACCGGCUCCCUCCUCGAACAGGGCACGACCAGUUUAACGGUCAUCACCGCCAUCCACGCCGGCCUCGUCGCGGCCACGUUUUGGGCGUUGCUGGCCAACGGCAUCGUCGCGACGCAGGUGGUCGAGGACGGGACGAUCAGCUCGAUGAUCCCGUUCCACUUCUUCGUUUUGGCGUUCUUCGUCGCAACAACCUAUAUCUCGCUGGACACCGCAUUCAACUGGACAUCAGCCUUCGCGCCGUCCAGGCAGGAUCCGGCUUCCUUACACAACAUCGCGCUCUUCGUCCUUACCAAUAUAUGGCCCGCCGUUGCGGCCAUCGUCUACUUCGCGCUGAUGCUGUACAUCGUGCUCGGGGUCCUCAACGAAGUCCGCCCGAUGUGGUUCUUCUCCCUAGCCUUCAUCCUCUUCGUGCUCAGCCAACUGGACUACUACCUGUUGAACAAGGUCAUCUGUAAAGGCGCAAACCAUAAGGUUGACGGUUCGUUCGUCGCGACGCUUCUCGAGACCGCCGCCGUCGGUGUGAUAUACCUCGCUUGGAGAAGUAUCACAGAGGAAUCGUGGGAUGACGAUUACUACGGACGGUAGUCGGAUUCCUCCCGCCGAAAACGACAAUCUAGACUUUGAUGUUCCGUCUCCCGUUUUGGUGUCCACUUUACGCAAGCUCCCGUUCACGUCUCCCUAUUAUCCUCCACGUCUCUCCGAUUCCCCUGCAGCAAUCUGGGAUGGUUGCAUGCUUACGUUCAUUUGGAUUUUCUUUCGUACACAUUCCGUCCCCAUGUACCACCAGUUCACUGUUCACUAUUGCUAUAGCUCUAUUGACACGAGUAGCGCGUCCUCUGUUUUGCCGUUAUCCCGUUGACCUUUGAUAUAAU